AUGGCAUCUUCCUCCAUCCACCAAGAUUCCUGGCUCAAUUCUAACUUCGCCACCCCAAUCCCAACCGCCUUCGACAAUCACGAGAUCCCACGUUCCAUCUCUCCUCUCUCAUUAUCUCAUAACUUCUAUUCUCCAGCUACACUGCAAAGACCUCCUCUCUCCCCAAGCCCCAAGCUAGCUCCAGAUCUGAAGAGAACAAGAUCCAAAGACAGCAAAUACAGCAAAAAAGAAAUGGUAUAUCGAGCCAUCGAUGACAAGAUCGACUUGGUCAGAUUCUUGCAGGCGUAUGAGAGUAUACUUGCUGCUUUUGGUGUGGAGACGAGAGAACUGUACGACGAAAGAGAGAAAGAGAAGCUGGAUGUUGCUGAACGUAUCGUUUAUAGGUUAUUUUGGGAUGAUAGGAAUUAUGCGGGAAAUAGAGGAAGUGAAAGUGUGCCUCUAACACUUGUCAAGGCGGAUAAUCAAGUAGUGGAUGCGGAUACAAAUAUCUCGCGGCUACUGAGAGUUACGGCAUCGGAAGUAGAUGCUAUUAAUGCGAUUGUGGAUGAAGCAUAUGAAGGUCUUCGUAUGGCUACUGGACCAGUGAUUGAUAAUAUACUCAACAAGGGUAAAGUUACUUCAACUAUUACAGAGGUGAGAGAAGCGAGAGAAGCGGCGGAUGAAACGGAUUCAUUGGUAAAAGAAACCGCAAAUUCUACGAAUGUAAUUGUCGAGGAUGAUCUUUGCGUUGCUGCAGGACCACAAACUAAUAUCAGUGCUGAAAAAGGCCAGAUUAUUUCUAGAGUCACAGAAGUAGUCAAGGAAUCUAUUGAGAUUGAUAGACCAUUGGCGGGAUUCCUCAAAGAUGGAAGUCUGGAUGAAGAACCUACUGUUUUCGCAAACCAUGUAACCAAUAUCAUCGAUGAGAAAAACCAGAUCUUCUCUACAAUUGCAGAAGUCACAGAAGCACCAAGAAGUUUUUGCCUGGCUAUAAGGUCCAAGUCGAAUAGUGAUUCUACAGAUCUUCCUACAGAUAUUUCCAUCGAGUCAGAAGCCGGUACAUCUAUGGAAACUCUUUACGAACAAUCGAUGAAAGAUCCGGAGAUCCUACUACUCGGAAGAUGGGGCCGCGAGAGAUAUAAUGAAUGGAAAAGAGAUAAUUCUGAGGCUCAAAACGAAAUCGCAAAGCAAGAAAUAUUUCGUCUGAUGGAAUUGAAACAUCAACUCUUGCCGCUCGAAUCAGGAGAACGGCCUUACACCUAUGACUUCACAUCAUUCACCCAAAACCAUAGAGAUUCUUCAGCUCUUCAGCUCUGGAGCUUUAACCCAGUUGAAAGAACCGAAGAACUACUCAAUAUCAAAUUGGUGUGGAAAUACGAAGCAUUCAUUCUCAAGAGCAUCACUGUGGAACCGCUAAGUCUUGAUGACUUUGCUGCGGAUGAGACUAAAGGUCGCCAAGCACUGGAGAACGCAUAUAAAUUUCUUGGAUUUUGGGACUGGUCGGUUCGAUCUCCUUGCAAGGGAGAGGCGAAAGCAAAACCCAUGCAUCAAAUUUGCUUGCAAUGGCUUGAUCCUGAUGAUUUGUUCCGUAAGGCUUAUCUUCAAAAGAGAUCGGUUUCUAAUACGUCGGAAAAGAUCAAAAGAAAUCGUGAGGGUAGUGGCAGUAGGGAUGUUGGAAGUUGGAGGGAGAAACGCACGGUUAGUGGUGCAAAUUAUAUCGGAGGGAAGAAAAGGUGUGUGAGUGGGAGUUGGUAUGGAGGGAAGAAGAGGAAGAUUAGUGGGAAUAAUGAUAUUAAGAGGAAAUAUGGGAUGAGAGAGAAUUCUAGUCAGGAAGGCGGAUAG